AGCUGCUCUGCCUGAGGCUGUCGGCGGUGGCGGCGCUCGAAGCCCCUCAUGUGUUUCUGCCUCUGCACUCCGGGAGAGUCGGCACUCGGCAGGUGUCGCUCCUUGAUUUGAAGUCUGUCAUCUGCCAGUAGAUGGGUCACUUCUGUGCCAAACUCGCUUGUUUGAUUCACGGCUGUGCUUCACCUGUCUGAUCUCUCCACAAAACCCUUGCAGCUCCUCACUGCACGAGAGCUUUCAUCUCUGAAGAGUGAGCCCUCCUUGUGAAAAGUACUUCUUCUGGAAGCAAUGUUCUAAGAAUGUCAUCAGGCAUCCAAAUAAAAACAAAGUCUUCAACCCAGAAAAGCAAGACAUGUUCUGCAGAAUCACAGCCAAAGCCUAGUGCAAAGCUGAAUCCUAAAACUAUUGAUCCAUUUCGUGCUUAUUCUCAACCAUCAUCUGCAUUUGCUGCUACAUAUGCUAGAGGUGGUAUUCCCUGCAGGUUAGUGCAUGGAUCAGUAAAGCACAAACUGCAGUGGGAAUGCCCUCCUGAAACUGUUCCCUUUGAUCCUCUUCUUUUAACAUUGGCAGAGGGACUAAGAGAGACAAAACAUCCCUAUACUUUUGUUUCCAAGGAGGGUUUUAAACAAUUACUUCUGGUUGAAGGUGCUGCUGAAAAAGUUAUUCCCUUGCUGCCUCGUCUAGUUCCAGUCUUAAAGGCUGCAUUGGCACAUGCAGAUGAUGAAGUAUUUGGAAGGGGAUUGGAUGCUUUAGUGCAAUUGAGUGCUGUUGUUGGCCCAUCUCUUAAUGAUUAUCUUAAGCUUCUACUCACAAAUCUUUUAAAGAGAUUAAUGGACAAGAAAUAUAGAGAAGAAGUUACUGUUGCUUUACAAAAGUUGGAGCACUGUGGUGGAAGGGCAACUGUGGCGAUCAUCAAAUCUAAAAUUCCAACCUAUUGUUCUAUCUACUCUUGAACAAGGAAACUGUAAUGAUUUAUACUGUGAGGUGAAGUUUAGAAAGAAACUGUCUGUAAAUAUCACUGACACUUAUUUGGGGUAUAAUAUAUUCCCUUAAAAUAAUAAUUAUUCCUCUGUAUGAUGGAGAGCAGGAGUCUUAUCAGUUUGUGCAUAUGUAAUUAUGGAAGACUUUUCUUUGUAUAUUUGUAUAUGCAUUUGACUUACGAUGACACUGAUUAAUGUGCUAUUAUUUCAAGUGUAGUAUAAAUAUUGAUUCUUAUUUAGUUUUUAAUUACAAUUUCAUGUAUUAUAUCUGCAGUGCUUUAUAUGCUUUGUAUAUUUGUGUGAUGCAAAAUAAUUUUGUUGUAAUUACUUAAAUAAAAUUUAACUUGGUGCUAAAUCACAUAUGUAUAGCUGCUUUUGAAAUACAUAACUUCUUUUGUGACACAGCACAGAUGGACACAUUGAGGUUCCUGGGGGCUAGGUUAGACACAGAACUGUGAGCCCUCUCAGACUUCUUAAGAGUCAGCUUUAAGGGUGUGAAGCUGAACCCAGUAAACAGGCAGCAUGAGGUCCAAAGCUGAACUUGCUCAGUGCAUUCUCAGCAUUUUGGUUUGAGAGCCUGGAGAGGCUCUGGAGAAUACAGUGUAGAGGCAUCAGGUUGCUCCACAGAGCCACAGCUGAGGUUUUGCUCAGCUAAUUAAUUCCUGUUAACUUUGAGCCUACUGAAUGGGAGCUGGGUGGAAGAGGCAACUUUGAAAUACUUAACACUGUGCUCCCUUUGAAUUGAGUUCAGUCACAUUACAGAUAUGCUUGGGAUUUGCUUGUGGAUUCAGGUCCAGACGAGUCAAUAAACUUCUGAACGUGGAAGCUAUGAAAAAUAUAAGUUAAAGACAAAAAGAAGAUUGUACAAGCCAGCUUCCCUGGCUGUCAAGCUUUGGAGGGUACAGCAUUUGUCUAUUAAUGCAUUUGAAUUUGAAUGCAAAAUAAUUCCUAAUUGGUUCUUGUAAUAAAUGCUGUUCAGGGACAUGUUGUAUUUGUGUACAAUGUCAGGGAGAGUUAACAAAAGUAACAAAAUUUAACCAAAGGUUUUCCCCUGAGGAAUAUUCAAUUCUGACAUUUAAAGUUGUUGGAAAGGAUGUUUUUUCAUAAGAAGAUGCUGAUGCAUAGAGCAUUAAUA